ACAAAGAUGGCGGCAGCCCCUGCGGCGGGAGAGAUCUGGGCAACAACUGCGGCUAAAGCUGCAGCCAGGCCCGCGAGGGGGCUGCUCGGGGGCAAAACGGGGUGGCCCUGAGCUGGGGCCUGGCCCCAGCUGGCCUCCCCCGCCGCCUCACCGGGGGACAGGCAGAGGCGCCGGCGGAGCCAGCGGGGCCUGGGAGAACGAGACUGGAGGGACAGCAUUCCCCGACCGCGGGGAAUACGCGCCGGACCCGUAGCCAAUCAGCGGCCGCGGCCUUUCUGCCCUCGAGGGGGGCGGAUCCGGGUAAAACCCUGCUGAGGUGGGAGAGGUGCAGAGAUAAGGGGGUCUAGGAGUUGCUCCUCCUUGCAGGACCACUCCCACCCCCACCCCCCUACCUAGCCCUGACCUAGUGUCAGCGCUUGGAAGUGGGGGAGGGAAUGGAUCGCAAGUCACCCACAUAGUCCGCUUCUUUUGCAACGAGGAGGGCCAGGGGCUUGAGGAGGGAAUAUGCUGUCUUCUGAGCUGUUACCCUUACACCCGCACUCACAUCUGACCCCCGGUCCUAUGUGACCCAGAACACAUUCCACUUGGCUAGCCAGGUCCAGCCUGUGGUGUCCACAAUGCCCCAGGCCUCUGAACACCGCCUGGGCCGGACCCGAGAGCCACCUCUUAGUGUGCAGCCCCGAGUGGGAUCCAAGCUACCGUUUGCCCCUCGGGCCCGCAGCAAGGAGCGUCGCACCCCAGUCCCUGGGCCAAACCCCAUGUUACGACCUCUGCCUCCCCGGCCAGGCCCUCCAGAUGAACGACUCAAGAAACUGGAGCUGGGACGGGGACGGACCUCAGGCUCUCGGCCCAGAGGGCCCCUGCGGGCUGAUCAUGGGGUUCCCCUGCCCGGCUCACCGCCCCCAACUGUGGCUCUGCCUCUGCCAUCCCGGACCAACUUAACACGUUCCAAGUCUGUGAGCAGUGGGGACUUGCGUCCGAUGGGGAUUGCCUUAGGAGGGCACCGUGGUGCCAGUGAGCUGGGGGCUGCCUUGAGCCGCUUGGCACUGCGGCCAGAGCCUCCUACUUUGAGACGCAGCACCUCCCUCCGCCGCCUCGGGGGCUUCCCUGGCCCCCCAACCCUGCUCAGCAUUCGGACAGAGACCCCUCCUUCCCACGGCUCCUUCCAUGUGCUGUCUGCCCGGCCCUCAGAGCCUUUCUACUCCAAUGACAAGAUGGCUCAUCACACGCUGCUUCUGGGCUCUGGGCACGUAGGCCUGCGAAACCUGGGCAACACGUGCUUCCUGAACGCCGUGCUACAGUGUUUGAGCAGCACCCGGCCUCUUCGGGACUUCUGUCUGCGGAGGGACUUCCGGCAAGAGGUGCCUGGAGGGGGCCGAGCCCAAGAGCUCACUGAAGCCUUUGCAGAUGUAAUUGGUGCCCUCUGGCACCCUGACUCCUGCGAAGCUGUGAACCCUACUCGAUUCCGAGCCGUCUUCCAGAAAUACGUUCCCUCCUUCUCUGGAUACAGCCAGCAGGAUGCCCAAGAGUUCCUGAAGCUCCUCAUGGAGCGGCUGCACCUUGAAAUCAACCGCCGAGGCCGCCGGACUCCUGCCAUCCUGGCCAGUGGGCCCACUCCCUCUCCACCCUGCCGAGGAGGGGCUCUGCUCGAGGAACCUGAGCUAAGUGAUGAUGACCGAGCCAACCUAAUGUGGAAACGUUACCUGGAGCGAGAGGACAGCAAGAUUGUGGAUCUGUUUGUGGGCCAGCUGAAAAGUUGUCUCAAGUGCCAGGCCUGUGGGUAUCGCUCCACGACCUUCGAGGUUUUUUGUGACCUGUCCCUGCCCAUCCCCAAGAAAGGAUUUGCUGGGGGCAAGGUGUCUCUACGGGAUUGCUUCAGCCUUUUCACCAAGGAGGAAGAGCUGGAGCUGGAGAAUGCCCCAGUGUGUGACCGAUGUCGGCAGAAAACCCGGAGUACCAAAAAGUUGACAGUACAAAGGUUCCCCCGAAUCCUCGUGCUCCAUCUCAAUCGGUUUUCCACCUCCCGAGGCUCCAUCAAGAAAAGUUCCGUAGGUGUCGACUUCCCACUGCAGCGACUGAGCCUGGGAGACUUCGCCAGUGACAAGGCCGGAAGCCCUGUGUACCAGCUAUAUGCCCUUUGCAACCACUCGGGCAGCGUCCACUAUGGCCACUACACAGCCCUGUGCCGGUGCCAGACUGGUUGGCACGUCUACAAUGAUUCUCGUGUCUCCCCUGUCAGUGAAAACCAGGUGGCCUCCAGUGAGGGCUACGUGCUGUUUUACCAGCUGAUGCAGGAGCCGCCCCGGUGCCUGUGACUGCCCCUUCAAGCCCUGGCACCUGUGAAACCCUUUCAACACCCUUAAGCCCUAGGCACCCCAUUUACCUCAGAGACGUCUAUUUUUGUGUCUUUUUAAUCAGGGAGGUGGGGGGAGGGGGUGGCUUUAGCUCCCGUUAUUUUUUUUAUUAAAAAGUACCCUUUCUCCCUGGAGGCUCCCUUGUCUCCCAGCUCCCUGUACAGAGCUCACCAGGCCCCUAGCCCGUGUACAGCCCCCGACCCUCUGCAAUCUCACUUUUUGUGAAUAAAUUUAUUAAGAAAAAGU